UACAGUGCUUUAAAAUAAUUAUGGCACCUCUCAUAAGACCCUGCCCCGAAACAACAUAUACAUCCAAGAAAAAAAAUGCCAUACACGAGGAAAGAGCAGAAGAGUUUACAAACAUGCUUCGAGUAAAAAGCUAAACGAAACCCCCAAAGAACAUGGAUGGGCACCCAUCUCAACCCCUUUCAUUUCCUGCCACUUCCAUUACAGUACAGCACAGCACGGCACAGCCCAGCGAAUGAUUUCCAUUCUCGGGCAUCAGGUUUGUUGGAUACACGCAAUUCAUAUCUAACAUGUUAUUUCCUGCUAUCCACAUGAGGUGGACUGUACACUGUGUCACAUCGCUCGCUUUUUAAGACAAUCUGAAAACAUUUCGCUUGUUUUGAGGGUCAAUUUUUCAAUUGCAUUUGUCAACCCAAUACACUUGAAUUUGAUCUUUCAGACAUAUUGGCAGAUAUUUGACAUUUGAGAGAAAGAUUGAGAUAAAUUAUAAGAAUGGUGAGUAAAGUGGAUUCGCCGAAGGGAAUCGCAGCAGAAGGAAAGCAUUAUUAUAACAUAUGGCAGAACAUAUUCGAGAUUGAUACCAAAUAUGUGCCAAUAAAGCCAAUUGGUAAGGGUGCAUAUGGAAUUGUUUGCUCUGCUCAAAAUAAAGAGACCAACGAGAAGAUUGCAAUUAAGAAGAUUAUCAAUGUUUUUGAGAACAGAACUGAUGCACAGAGGACUCUUAGGGAGAUCAGGUUGCUUCGUCAGAUCAGGCAUGACAAUAUUAUUGCUGUGAAGGAUAUAAUGAAACCUUCAGAGAGGUUUAAAUUCAAUGAUGUUUAUCUUGUGUUUGAGCUCAUGGAUACGGAUUUGCAUCAGAUCAUUAGGUCUACUCAACCGCUCACGGAUGACCAUUGCCAAUAUUUCAUCUACCAGUUGCUUAGAGGCCUAAAGUAUUUGCAUUCUGCAAACAUUUUGCAUAGAGACCUCAAGCCCAACAAUCUCCUGUUGAAUGCCAAUUGUGACCUUAAAAUAUGUGACUUUGGUCUUGCGAGGACAGGCCGUGAGAAAGGGCAGUUCAUGACUGAGUAUGUUGUUACUCGUUGGUACAGAGCUCCUGAAUUGCUUCUAUCUUGUGACGAGUAUGACACAUCCAUAGACAUUUGGUCUGUUGGUUGUAUCUUUGCAGAGCUGCUGGGUAGAAAGCCUAUCUUCCCUGGCAGGGACUAUCUCAAUCAGCUCACACGGAUUAUUGAUGUUCUUGGAAGCCCAGAUGAGAGUGAUCUUGAGUUCAUUCGGAGUGAAAAAGCAUACACCUACAUAAAAUCACUUCCAUUUAAGCCUCGAGCCUCCCUACAACGGUUAUAUACUUGUGCAAAUCCUGCAGCAAUCAAUCUGCUUGAUAGAAUGCUUUGUUUUGAUCCACAUAAGAGGAUUACAGUAACGGAGGCUCUUGAGCAUCCAUACUUGUCCAUGUUGCAUGAUCCUAACCUAGAGCCUUCUGCAGCAGCUCCUGUAAAUUUGUACGAUGAUGAGGAAGACUUGAGUGAAGAAGCAUUGAGAGAAAUGAUCUGGAAUGAAAUGCUGUACUAUCACCCUCAAGCUACAAAUUUAACAUAGAUAUGUUAAUAUUAAAUCAUACUCAAAUUAGAUCUCAAAAUGCAUCUGGCCCAGAUGUCGAGAGAAUAUGAGAAUUGUUGAGUGUUAAGCUAUUGAAAAAAAAAUGUUUGUGAGUUUAUAGAGUUUCUUAGAUUAUCUUGUAUCUUAUUUAUCUUGACAGAUUCUCCAUGAAAUAUAAGGAGAAAAUAUUUUUCAAAGUGCAUGUAAAUUAUUUUAACCAAUCUAUGAACCUUUGUUUAA